AUGGAAGAAAAUACCUUGAACAAGAGGGACAUGGGCAAUGACGCUCACCUGAGUAACGUUAGCUCUGUUGUUCUUUACCAGAUCCCCCAUUACUGUGGGAUUCUGAACGUACAGAAUACUUCUUGGAAUGUCCAGGACUGGGAUGGAAUAGGAAUCUAUCAACAAUUUCACAUUAAAUGCUCUGAAUCCCAGCUUCAGCGAGGAUCCGGAAGGUUUUUGUGUCUUGAGAAUGGGACGUGGAAAUCGGACCUAAUUUGUCUAGAUCUACCUAGAGAUUGUGAAAGCCUCGUUGAACAUGGUGAGACUAAUUCCGGCGUGUAUGAGAUUUACCCCUUUGGAUCCCGAGCCCGAUCUGCCAGAGUUUUCUGUGAUAUGUACACAAUGGAAGGGGGAUGGACGGCAAUCCAAAAACGUGUAAAUGGAGCUGUGAGGUUUGAUAGAACAUGGAACGAAUAUAGAAAGGGAUUCGGUGACGCGGGACAGGAUUUCUGGAUCGGAAAUGAUGUAAUCCACCAGUUAACAAAGGGAAAGAUCUCCAGUCUCUACAUUUCCAUCACUCUGGUUAACGGUAGUAAACUAUACGAGUUGUACGAACAGUUCUCGGUUUCAAACGAAGCAGAUAACUAUCAACUCUUUCUUGCGGGGACAGCCUCCGGAACCCUAGGAGACAGUAUGAUGCACACGGUCACUUCUGCCGGAGAUCUGUCUGGAAUGAAAUUCACGACAUCUGACAGAGAUAACGAUCAGUGGAUUGAAGGAAACUGCGCUGUUAAUUAUAAAGGAGGCUGGUGGUUCAACAAUUGUUAUCGCGCCUUCCUUAAUGGUGCCUGGAAACCGGAUAGUUGGAGAUCUCCUUGGUAUCCCACGGUUAAAUAUGGGGAAUAUAUUAAGGAGACUCUGAUGAUGAUCAGAAGUUUAUAG